AUGAGUGCAACCUUCAAGUUGGAUCCAGCUAGUCUGGAUUCUCUUCUGAUAAACCUACCGCCACUUAACUGGGAGAAUGGACUCCGCGGUAUCAGCAUCGCUCUCCUCGUUUACUUUUUCAUCCUCAAACCCUUCUACAAUGUCUACCUGCACCCGCUCUCCUCCUACCCAGGCCCCAAACUCUGGGCCAUCUCCCGCAUCCCAUGGCACUACACAAACCUAAAGGGCCGCAUCAGCUGGCGCAUCCGCGAGAUGCACGACACGUACGGGCCCGUGGUGCGCAUUGCGCCCGACGAGCUCUCGUACACGUCAUCGACGGCCUGGCGCAAGAUCUACGCGCAGCGCACGCCCGAGUUCAUGAAGGCGCUUGAUGGUCGCGGCAUCGCGCCCACCAGCAUCGGCGGCCGCAGGAGUCUCAUGACGGAGACGCAGGACAACCACCUGAGGUUGAGAAAGGCCAUCAACCCGGCCUUUUCCGAGCGGGCCCUCCGCGAGCAGGAGCACUAUUUGCAGAGCCACUCGGACAAUUUUGUCAAGGUGUUGACUGAGAGGUCCGCACGGGGGCCUGUGGAUAUGACGACGUGGUAUAACUUGCUGGCUUUUGAUAUUGUGUCUGACCUCGCAUUCGGCGAACCAGCCGGCUUCCUCGACAACGCAGACCAGCCCUGGAUCCAAGUGAUCCUCCACCGCGCCAAGGCCAUCAGCUGGUACCAGCUGGCGGUCUGGUACGGCUUCUUCCCGCUGCUCGAGUACAUCACCCCCCGCUACGUGACCGAGGCCCGCAAGAACCACAUCCGCCUGACCGAGGCCAAGCUGGAGCGGCGCAUGGCGGCCACGAACCCCGGCCGGGACUUUAUGUCCUUCAUCCUGGACAACGACAACGAGGCCGUGACCAAGCUGUCCAAGGUCGAGCUCGUCAUGCUGAGCAGCAACUUCAUCGUGGCGGGCAGCGGCACCUCGGCCGGCGGCAUGAGCGGCCUGACCUACCUCCUGCUCCGCAACCCGGACAAGCUGGAGCGGCUGCGGCGCGAGAUCCGCUCCACCUUUGCGCGCAACCAGGACAUCACCAUGGUCGCCACGGCCAAGUGCAGGUACCUCAAUGCCUGCCUCGACGAGGGCAUGCGGCUGUACCCGCCGACCCCCGGGUCGCUGCCGCGCAUCGUGCCGGGCGACGGCCAGGAGAUCGACGGGCGCUGGGUCAAGGGCGGCAUGGGCGUCGCCGUCAACCAGCUGUCGGCCGGCCACUCCGAGCUCAACUUUAAGCGGGCCAGGGAGUUUCACCCCGAGAGGUGGUUGCAUCUCGAGCCGGGCUCCGAGUUUGCAAACGACGACCGCGCGGCUUCGCAGCCGUUUUCGGCGGGGCAGAGGGUCUGCAUCGGGCGAUCGAUGGCCUACGCGGAAAUGCGACUCACCAUGGCCAAGUUCAUCUUCCACUUUGACAUGGAGCUGGCCAACCCGGAGAUGGACUGGUGGAACCAGCAAGGCACGUAUCUGGUGUGGGAAAAAAUCCCGUUGAUGAUCCAGCUCCAUCGCAGGACAUAA